GGAAGGGGUUCUCGGAGGAGAAUGUGACGCGCGACAGGUGGUCGGCAUCGAGACCACCGCGCUGGGCCUCCGCGGGGGCAGCGUCCUCCGGAAGAUGUCCGAAGACACGGCAGACGCGAGGGCGGACUCCGGGGAGCAGCCCAAAGCGCCGGACUCUGCGGAGGAGGACCCGCCGGCCGCACCGCCCCAUGGCCAGGGCCCAGGCGGCGGCGCAGCGAGGACCCCGCGGCCGGACCCCGCGCCCCGCGCGCCCACCAUGGCCCCCGAGCCGCCCUCCGCGCAGUGGGCGCAGGAGAUGGGCCAGGCGCUGGCGGGUCGCGCGCGCAGACUGCUGCUGCAGUUCGGCGUGCUCUUCUGCAGCGUGCUGCUGCUGCUCUGGGUGUCCGUGUUCCUCUACGGCUCCUUCUACUACUCCUACAUGCCGACCGUCAGCCACGUUAGCCCGGUGCACUUCUACUACAGGACUGACUGCGACCCCUCCAUCACCUCCCUGUGCUCCUUCCCUGUCGCCAACGUGUCCCUGGCUAAGAGUGGACGUGAUCGGGUGCUGAUGUACGGACAGCCGUAUCGCAUCACCUUGGAGCUCGAGCUGCCUGAGUCUCCUGUGAACCAGGACCUGGGCAUGUUCUUGGUCACGGUUUCCUGCUACACCAGAGGUGGCCGAAUCAUCUCCACCUCCUCCCGCUCCGUGAUGCUGCACUACCGCUCUGACCUGCUGCAGACGCUGGACACGAUCGUCUUCUCCAGCCUCCUGCUCUUUGGCUUUGCGGAGCAGAAGCAGCUCCUGGAGGUGGAGCUGUAUGCAGACUACCGGGAGAACUCGUAUGUACCCACGACUGGCGCCAUCAUCGAGAUCCACAGCCGGCGCAUCCAGCUGUACGGGGCUUACCUGCGCAUCCACGCCCACUUCACAGGGCUCAGGUACCUGCUGUACAACUUUCCCAUGACGUGCGCCUUUGUGGGUGUCGCCAGCAACUUCACCUUCCUCAGCGUGAUCCUGGUCUUCAGCUACAUGCAGUGGGCAUGGGGUGGCAUCUGGCCCCGGCCCCGCUUCUCCGUGCAGGUGAACGUCCGGAAGAGGGACCGUGCCCAACAGGAGCCUCAAGGGAACACCCGGCAGCCAGGGUGCGAGGACCAGGAGGAGGCCAGCCAACUGUCGGAUGCGGCAGAGGGGACAGAGGAUGGCGAGAGCCCAGAGGAGCCCUCAGGAGCAGAGGCACAGCUGUCAGAAGAGGAGAAGCCGGACCUGCAGCCAGCAAGCCAGGAUGAGGAACUGGAGCCUGAGGCCAGCGAUGGCUCAGGUUCCUGGGAAGAUGCAGCUCUGCUCACUGAGGCCAACCUGCCUGCCUCAGGCUCUGCCCCCACCCUGGCCCCUGAGACCCUGGGCCACCCCGAGUCCUCUGGGGGGGCCCUGCGCCAGCGCUCCACGUGCUCUAGCUCCUGAAGGACCUUGUCCAGUGCACCAGCCCUUGCUCAUGCUCUCCUGCUUUGUCCCAAUAAACGAUUUUGUGCCAGCUG